AUGUCACAUUUUUUCAAGAGUUUGCAUGAUUUGAUUGGUUUAUAUGAAGAAAUGCCAGAUGUUACAUUUUUUUCUUCUGGAUUCACCAAAAAUAAUUCUUUUCAUAGUCAUUAUGUUGAUGGGGUUCUAGAUUACCAUAUUAAUACAAACACCUGCAUAAUGGACAACUUGAUUGAGUUGAAUGAUUCUUCUCAGAUGUCCUGCCUUGAUGUCUCUGUCAUUACCCCUGGAUAUUCUCCGAUCAUCCAUUAUUCCGACGCUGAUAGGGAAGUGGGAACAUUUGGAGAUUUUGAUACUUGGAAGUUCUCAAUCUUUUGUAGAUAUAAUUACCCAAAUCAGCCUUUGCUGCAAGAAAAUUUCUGCCCUUCGUUUAUUGGAAGGCAGCUGGAUUGGGGAAGCGGAGGCAUCAGCAAUUGUCACCAAUCUUCCAAAUAUAAAGUACCUGGUUCUCAGGGGGGAAAGAUCAAUUUUGAGAAUCUAGUGAUAAUAGUGGAAGGAUGCAAAAACCUUGUAUAUUUGGAUGUAAGCGACUGCAUAGGUUUUGACGCUGAUGAUGAGAAGGUACUGGAGCUAGCUUCGCAUAUCAAGACAUUCAAGUGUGAAGGUUCAAUGCUGGAGGAGGAUUACUAUGAGGAUUACAAUGACUAUGAGGACUUUUCUGGCUACAGUUCACCUUGA